AUGGUCGGGCAGCGCUUCUGCGAGCAACUCGUCGAGCGCGACACCAAGCGGCAAUUCCGGCUGAUCACCUUCUGCGAAGAGCCCCGCGCGGCCUAUGACCGGGUCGGGCUCACCUCGUUUUUCGCGCACCGCGACGCGCAGAAACUCAUGAUGGCCAAAAUGGCCUGGUACGAAGCCAACGGCGUGGAACUGCACGUCGGCGACCGCGCCAGCGACAUCGACCGCCAAGCCAAGGUGGUGCGCUCCGACAAGGGCGUCGAGGUGAGCUACGACACGGUGGUGCUGGCCACGGGGUCCUUCCCGUUCGUGCCGCCGCUGCCUGGCAUCGAAAGCGCGGCGUGUUUGUCUACCGUACCCGAGGACCUGGAGAGAAUUAUCGACUACGGCAACGGGGUGAAGCGCGCCGCCGUCAUCGGCGGCGGCCUGCUCGGCCUCGAGGCGGCCAAGGCGGCGUACGACCUCAGCCUGCAAACGCACGUGGUGGAAUUCGCCCCGCGCCUGAUGCCGCGGCAGAUCGACGACGCCGGCUCGCGCGUCCUGGUGCGCAAGAUUGAAGACCUCGGCGUCCGCGUGCACCUCAACAAAGCCACCCAAGAGGUGCUCGGCAACGGCCGCGUGGCCGGCAUGCGCUUUCAGGACGGCGACGUGCUGGACGUGGACAUGAUUAUCGUGUCUGCCGGCAUUCGGCCGCGCGACGAUCUGGCGCGCGCCUGCGGCAUUGAGGUCGGCGAGCGCGGCGGCGUGGCGGUCAACGACCUGCUGCAAACCUCCGACCCGUCCAUCUACGCCAUCGGUGAAGUGGCCCUGCACGGCGGCAUGAUCUACGGCCUGGUGGCGCCGGGCUACGAGAUGGCUGAGAUCGUCGCCGCCAACCUCACCGGCGGCGACGCCCGCUUCCAAGGCGCCGACCUGUCCACCAAGCUGAAGCUCAUGGGCGUGGACGUCGCCAGCUUCGGCGACUACGAAGCCGGUGCCGAAACCGCCCAUCCGCUGACCUGGGAAGACCCCUUCGACGGCGUCUACAAGAAGCUGCUGUUCAGCCCCGACGGCACCCGGCUGCUCGGCGGCGUGCUGGUCGGCGACGCCGGCGACUACGGCACCCUGUCCGUGUUGGCCAAGAGCGGCGAGCCGCUGCCGUGCCGCCCCAACGCGUUGAUCCUGGGCAGCUCGGGCGGCGCCGGGGCGCUGGUCGGCGUCGACGCGAUGGCCGAUUCGGCGCAGAUCUGCUCCUGUAACAACGUCACCAAGGGCGCCAUCUGCGACGCCAUGCGCGAGCAGGACAUCGCCUCCUUGGCGAAUCUCAAAGCCGCCACCCGGGCCGGCACCGGCUGCGGCGGCUGCAUGCCCCUGGUCACCGACCUGUUUAACGGCGCCAUGGCCGCGGCCGGCGUCGCUAUCAGCCAUCAUAUGUGCGAGCACUUCCCGUAUUCGCGCAUCGAGCUGUUCGCCAUCAUCAAGGCCAAGAAGCUGAAGACGUUCGACGAGAUCAUCCGCCAAUACGGCAGCGGCACCGGCUGCGAGGUGUGCAAGCCGGCCGUCACUUCCAUCCUGGCGGCGCUGUGGAACGAGACGAUCAGCAACGCGGCGCACCACACCCUGCAGGACACCAACGACCGCUUCCUCGCCAACAUGCAGCGCGGCGGGCUGUACUCGGUGAUUCCGCGCGUGCCGGGCGGCGAGAUUACCCCCGACAAGCUCAUCGCCCUGGGCGAGACGGCACGGGACUACGGCCUCUACACCAAGAUCACCGGCGGCCAGCGCAUCGAUCUGUUCGGCGCCCAGUUGCAAAACCUGCCGGACAUCUGGGAGAAGCUUGUGGACGCGGGCUUCGAGAGCGGCCACGCCUACGGCAAGGCGCUGCGUACCGUCAAGAGCUGCGUCGGCACCACCUGGUGCCGCUACGGCGUGCAGGAUUCGGUCGCCUUCGCGGUGCGCGUAGAGAAUCGCUACAAAGGCAUACGGGCGCCGCACAAGAUCAAGAGCGCCCGCGGUUACAAUCUGUACGUCGGCGGCAACGGCGGCGCCAAGCCCCGGCACGCCGACCUGCUGGCCGCCGACGUCGACGAGGAAACCGCCAUCCGCUACAUCGACCGCUUCCUCAUGUAUUACAUCAUGACCGCCGACAAGCUGACCCGCACCGCGGUGUGGCUCGACAAGAUGGCGGGCGGCGUGGAACACCUGCGCGAGGUCAUCAUCGACGACAAGCUCGGCAUCUGCGGCGAGCUCGAUUCCAUGAUGCAGUUCCUGGUCGAUUCGUACCGCUGCGAGUGGGCCGACGUGGUCAACGAUCCCGAAAAGCGGCGGCUCUUCCGGCAGUUUGUGAACACCGACGCCACCGAGCCGACGAUCGAAAUCGUCUCCGAGCGCGGCCAACGGCGGCCGGCCGACUGGCCGACGGAAGCGGUGUCCUUGCAGCAGAUCGAGGUGCUCGACCGUCUGGUGAACGACGAUGGCGACACCGAGCGCGCCUGGGUCAUGGUCGGCACGGCGGACGAUUUUCCGCCCGACGGCGGCGCCACCAUCAAGUACGGCGGCGUGCAGAUUGCCGUGUUCAACUUCAGCAGCCGCGGCGAGUGGUACGCCAGCCAGCAGAUGUGCCCGCACAAGAAAGCCUUCGUGCUGUCGCGCGGCGUCCUCGGCGACGUCGGCGGGGUGCCGAAAAUCGCCUGCCCGCUGCACAAGAAAACAUUUUCGCUCGAAUCCGGCGCCUCGCUGGGCGGCGAGGAUUACGGGCUGCAGGUGUUCCCGGUCAAGGUCGAGAACGGCGAGGUGUAUCUGCACCUGCCGCCGACCGAGGCGCUGGAGCGCUCUCUGGCCACCGAGAUCGGCUGCGAAAUGGCAACCGCGUGCAGCGCCGGUGACGGCAUGCAGUUGUUGCCGGUCCACAGCGCAGCGGAGUCGAGCGUAUUCAAUACAAACAGCAUGAGCGUCAGCGAAUGA